AUGCCCCAAAGUGGCCUUAUGACCCGAAGUUACCUCGGUUGCUUCUGCCCCUGCGUGCUGUUCGGCCAGAACGUGCAACGGCUGCAUGGGAGGCAGUGCUUUGGCCCAUGUGUGAUGCACUGUCUGCUGGGCGGCUGCAUUGUGUGGGCAGCGUACAGCACUCUCGGCCCCGGUGCCUUCUGGUGCACGCCCAUCUCCUGUUAUGCCUGCAACUACCGCUCAGAGCUCCGGGCAAAGUACCACUUGAAGGCUGAACCCGCUGGUGACUGUCCGACUCACUUCCUCUGCCACCCCUGCGCCCUCUGCCAAGAGCAUAGAGAGCUACAAUCCCGUCCCAAACCCUCUGGGCUGGACUUUUAUGGUGGGCGUUCAGGAGAGAUUGUGGAGCUCACUGCACCCUCACCAGUGGGGAAAAUGGAGUCUGUUUUUUCCUCGUGA